AGACAGAGUCCAAUCCAUCAGCAAUCAGACAAUCAAAACCCAACGUUAAUGAACCGCCGCACACAAUUUUUUAAUCUCUUAGCCCGAUAUUUCGGGUAAUUUGUAAUGUUUCGGCCUUCGAUGUCAUCUUUGAUUAAAAACAAAACGUUUAUAAUCGCCCCAUACGCACGCGCUUUCUUCUCUUCUCUUCUAAAUUAGCUAGCUCCACUUGCCAACCCAAGACUCCGUCAAGCUCCCCCCCACCCCUCCCUGUUUUUGUUUUCUUUAUUUCCCUAGUGUGUUUUUGAUCCAUAUUUCUACCCCAAGAAUUACUUUCACAAGUUGUUGACUAUCUUUUUAAUGAUGGAUGGGUGGUGGAGAUCGAACAGUACUGUGAAGCUUCGCAUGAAGAUUUUGAUGCUGGUUCUGUUGUUACUGCAGCAAAGCUUGAGCUUUUGUUGGUCUCUAAACACGGAAGGUUUGGCUUUGUUGAGGUUUAGAGAGAUGGUGGAGAGAGAUCCACUUGGAGCUUUAUCGAAUUGGAUUGAGAAAGAUGGAGAUAUUGAUCCUUGUUCUUGGUUUGGUGUCGAAUGCUCUGAUGGCCAAGUUGUGAUCUUGCAUUUGACAGAUCUCUGUCUUGGAGGGACACUGGCACCUGAACUUGGGAGACUAGCUUACUUAAAAUCAUUAAAUUUACGCAACAAUUCUUUCUACGGAAACAUUCCUCGAGAGAUUGGAGAGCUGGAGGAGCUGGAGGUGUUGGACUUGGGAUAUAAUAACUUUAGUGGACCAUUUCCUUCUGACUUUUUUGCAAAUAAUCUAUCACUGACUACCCUCUUGCUUGACAAUAACAAGUUUCUAGAUGGCAUAUCUCCUGAAGUAAAUGACCUCAAGGUGCUUUCUGAAGUUCAGGCAGAUGAAAAUCAGUUAAGAGCUUCCUGUUGCUGCAGAGACAUUACCUGGAACAAUGUUCAAUCUAGAAAUAUAGCUCACCGGAUGCUGCUGCAGGUGGCAGAUCCUCCAAAUCCACCCACAGACAACAAUCGUCAUAAAGCUAAUCAAAGUGGUUCUGAAGCAUCGCCUUCUCCAUCUUUAUUGUCACCAUCCGGAUCUCAACCAUCACCAUCAAUGGCACCCUCAGACUCACCGUCUUUAUCACCGUCUCCAUCAUUCUCCCCAUCACCAUCUCCUUCGGAGUCUCCAUCAUUUUCUCCAGCAGAAUCCCCCUCCAGUCUUCCUUUGCCUCCUUCACCCUCACUCAUGAUUGCACCAACUCCAGCUUCACCUGCUCCAAAAAAUGAACCACGUGUCUUUAUUGGACAACCACAACAUGAUGGGCUGUCAACGGUCCCUGCUCCAAGUCCAAGUCAUUUGGAGCGUUCAAAGUCAAAAAAUCACACUGUUCUCAUUGCUGGUGUUAUUGCUGGCUCGAUGUUUGCUCUGAUUUCAACCGUUGGCUUUUUUCUCUUUAGAAGAAGCAAGGUAGUCACUGUCAAACCUUGGGCCACAGGUUUAAGUGGGCAGCUACAAAAGGCAUUUGUAACGGGUGUACCAAAACUCAAGAGACCAGAACUUGAGGUCGCUUGCGAAGAUUUCAGUAACAUUAUUGGCCCCUUUUCAGAUGGCACAGUGUACAAGGGGACACUAUCUAGUGGGGUUGAAAUAGCUGUGACAUCUACUGCAGUAAAAUCGCGUGAAGAAUGGUCGAAAAACUUGGAAGCCCAAUUCAGAAAUAAGAUUGACACAUUAUCGAAAAUGAACCACAAGAAUUUUGUCAACCUUAUUGGAUUUUGUGAAGAAGAUGAGCCUUUCACAAGAAUAAUGGUUUUUGAAUACGCUCCAAAUGGAACUCUGUUUGAACAUCUGCACGUAAAAGAAGCCGAACACUUGGACUGGGGAAUGAGACUACGAAUAGCAAUGGGCGUGGCAUAUUGCCUCGAAUACAUGCAUCAACUAACUCCACCUGUAGCCCAUAAAAACCUGCAAUCAUCGUCAAUAUAUCUAACUGAAGACUAUGCAGCCAAAAUAUCAGAUUUCAGUUUCUGGAAUGAUGCAACAGCAGCAAAGACUGGGUCACCAUCCAUGGAGCUUCUAGAAUCACAAUCAUCAGAUCCAGAGAGCAAUAUUUACAGUUUUGGGGUAAUUUUGUUUGAAAUGAUAACCGGUAGGAUCCCAUAUGCAGUGGACAAUCUUGCUGACUGGGCAUCAGAUUACCUGAGAGGAGAGCAACCAUUAAAAGAAAAGGUGGAUCCAACUCUAAAAUCUUUCCAAGAGGAAGAGCUUGAGAAGUUGUCGGAAGUCAUAAGAAAUUGCAUCCAUCCUGAUCCAAAGCAUAGACCAACGAUGAAAGAGAUUGCAGCCAAGUUAAAAGAGAUCACAUCAGUGGGACCUGAUGGAGCAACACCAAAAUUAUCACCCCUCUGGUGGGCAGAACUUGAAAUUAUGUCUACUGAAGGAAGUUGCGAGGUUAACUCAGUCUGAAAUUCGGAUUCAAGUGUACUUUUCAUGCCCUGUUUUCCCUGAUUCUCUUGCUGGUUCUCAGAAGCAGUGCUUUAUAGGGUAGAUAAUACUUGUAUCUAAUUAACGUAAGCAUGAUGUUUGUAUAUAGCUGAGGAAGGGGGACCUCUUGUCUGUCCAUUGCUUUGUUCUUUCUCCCAUGCCAAAGUCUGUAUAAAAUUCAAGUAUCUGUAAGUAUACUUGCGAAAUAAAAAA